UUCUAUUUUGAGCAUGUCUGUGAUAGAAGUAACUUACAAACCUUAUAAAGAAAAAAAUAAAGCCAAGUCUUCAAAGAAAAAUAAAAAAGCAGCAAAAGAGGAAAGUUCAAACAACGAUAAUAGCAGCCUCAGCAGCACUCCAAACAAUAAUAAUGUUGGCAAAAAUACUGGAUUUAGAUACCCUGCAUAUCUAAGCGAGGAAGAAGUGAAGGAAGGAUUGGAGAAUGGCUCUUUGAUUGAAGGUAUUUUGCGUGUUAACCAACGAAACACAGAACAAUGCUUUGUUGAUAAUCCAGAUGGUGAUGCACACAAUGAAUUGCUAAUACUAGGUCCACAAGAUAGAAAUAGAGGUUUACAUGGAGAUUUGGUAGCAGUAAAAUUGAAAUCAAAAGAGUUUUGGUUUUUGCAUGAAGCUUAUCGGGCAAAAUAUAAGCUGAGUCCUCGUUUUCCUCAUGCCAAGUAUCACAGAAUCUCUGAUCUUGAUAAUUGCUGUUCUAUUGUCAAAGAAAAACAUUUAAUCAAAUCAGCACAAGUUGUAGCAAUUUUAGAAAAAAAUGCAAGUCGCCGAGUUGUUGGACACAUUAGACCAAUGUAUUCUAGUACUGCUCAUUUUAUUUUUGUUCCAGUUGAUUCAAGAGUUCCAAGAAUUUUGAUUCCUAUCAAGCGUGCCCCAACAGGAUUUUAUGAUCGUCCACAAGAUUUUGAAAAAUUUCUUUAUUUGGCUCAAUUACAAGAAUGGGAAGAUGAUUGUAUCAAUCCAAGAGGAAAAUUACUUGAUAAUUUGGGAAAGGCUGGAGAUGUUAACGCUGAACAUUUGGCUCUGUUGCUAGUAAAUGGGGUUGAUGUAAGGGAAUAUGAAAGUUCUGGAAUUAUGAAGGAUUUGAGAGAUCGGUUGGUUAAACUUGGCGUGGAAUAUAUUGAAGUGAAAUCUGAGGAGGUGGUGGAAAAGGAGGAAUCUGAAGGCAAAAAUAAAAAGAAGGAAAAGAAUGAAGUGAAGAAUCUUCCAGUACUGAGUGGGGAGAAAACGCCUGGACCAAGUCUGAAAGCUGAAGAGAAAAAUGGAAAGAAGGAUAAAAUUGAAAAGAAGCUUAUUCCAAUACUGAAUAUUGAUCCAAAAGAAUUCGAUUAUCGUCGUGAUUUUCGAAAAGAAGUUGUUGUUACAAUUGAUCCAUUAACAGCAAGAGAUUUGGACGAUGCUUUACAUAUAAAAAGAAUAAAAGGAGAAAAUGGCGAAGAUUGUUGGGAAGUUGGAGUACAUAUUGCUGAUGUUGCUUAUUUUCUUCCAAUUGAUACUGAAGUUAAUGGAUGGGCACGUAGUAGAGGAACAACUGUAUAUCUUGUGCAUAAGGCAAUUCCAAUGCUUCCAUCUGAUCUUUGUGAACAUUUAUGCUCUUUAAAUCCAGGUGUUGAAAGGCUAACUUUUUCCAUUGUUUGGACAAUGGAUGAUGAAGCAAAUAUACUUUCUACUUGGUUUGGACGUUCUGUAAUUAAAUCUUGUUCUAAAUUGUCGUAUGAACAUGCUCAGGAUAUAAUAGAAAAUCCAAAAAAGCAAUUUGCAAUAUUUGAACUUCCAAAAAUUUAUGAUGGAAUAAAAAUUCGUCAAAUAAAACAAACUAUAACCAAUUUAAAUUUUAUUGCAAAAAAAUUAAAAAGAAAAAGAUUUGGAAGAGGAGGAUUAAAAUUUGAUUUACCAAAAUUGAGAUUUGAUCUUGAACAAAUAAAUAAAGAUGAAAAGGGAAAUUUAAGUGGAACUUGGAUUCCUCGUGGACUUAGACUUGAUCAGAGAAAAGAUUCCAAUUUUUUGGUUGAAGAAUUAAUGUUAUUAGCAAAUAUGGAAGUUGCUCAAAGACUUUAUAAAUAUUAUGAUGAUCGUGCUAUGCUUCGAAGACAUCCAACUCCAAAAAGGAAGGAAUUAAAAAAUAUGGUCGAAAAAUGUGCCAAAUUGGGAAUUAAAAUUGAUUCAACAAAUUCAAAAACUUUGGGAGAAUCAAUAGAAGAAUUUACAAAAGUUGAACAAUAUGCAUAUACAGUUGCUCCAGCAUUAAAUCAAUUACUUAUUAAAUGUAUGAAUUUUGCUCAAUAUUUUUGUACGGGUGCUGUGGAUGGACCUGCUGAUUUUAGUCAUUAUGGACUGGGUGUUGAUUUUUAUACCCAUUUCACAUCACCAAUUCGUCGAUAUCCAGAUAUUAUAGUUCAUAGACUUUUGGCUGCAAGUUUAAACUAUACGGAGGAUCCAAAUUAUUCUGUUAAACAAUUGCAUGGAAUUGCUAUGAGGGCAAAUUCAACAAAAGCUUGUGCUAAAAUGUGUAGUGAAACUAGUGCUGAUAUAUUUUUUGGUUCUUUUAUAAGGGAAUAUGGAGGUAUGGAAGUUGUUGGUGUAGUUAUGGCACUUUUUGAUGAAUGUUUUGAUUUACUUUUGAUCAAAUAUGGAAUUAAACAAAAAUUUUUAAAUCGAAUUUACCACGGAAAAUUAACAAAAAAUGGUCCUGUAACCCUUGUAUUAUGGUUUAAUGAAGAAGCUAAAAAUUAUUUUAGUGGGAAAGAUGAGGUGGUGACUAACAAUAAAAUUAGAAGAGAAGAAUGUUUGCCAAAUUUGGAUAAAAAAAUUGAUAAAUUGUUAAGAGAAGAUGUGGAAGAUGAUGAGGAAAGUGAUGGAAAUGGAGUUGUGGUAGUUGAAGGAAUAGGGGAAUCGGAGGAGGAAGAAGAGAGAGGAAAGAAUGGAGGAGGAAAGAAGGUUAAGGAAGAUGUUUAUGAAGAAGUACCUGCAUGGGUAAAAGAUUUGCAACCUGAAGAAAGACAAACUAUAAAUUGUAUGUGUGUUGUUCGUGUAAAAUUGGUUAAUGUAAAGGAUACUUUGAGAUAUGAGGCCAGUCUUAUUCCAACACCAGAUUCUAAUCCUUUAACUUGGGUUGAUGCAAAGCAACAUAUGGAUGAAUAA